AUGAAGAAUGGAGUAAGCUGUGAAGCUGCUCCUAUCAAAAAGGGUGUGAAAAAUUCAAACUAUUGUCUCCCAUCAUAUACUGCAUAUAAGAAUUAUGAUUAUUCAGAGCCAGGAAGACACAAUGAACAGCCAGGCCUGUGUGGCCUGAGUAACUUGGGGAAUACGUGUUUCAUGAAUUCAGCAAUUCAGUGUCUGAGCAACACACCUCCUCUUACAGAAUACUUCCUCAAUGAUAAAUACCAAGAAGAGCUGAAUUUUGACAAUCCUUUAGGAAUGCGAGGCGAAAUAGCAAAAUCUUAUGCAGAGCUUAUCAAGCAAAUGUGGUCAGGAAAAUACAGCUACGUUACGCCAAGAGCAUUUAAGACACAAGUGGGACGAUUUGCACCACAAUUUUCUGGUUAUCAGCAACAAGAUUGUCAAGAGCUACUGGCUUUUCUCUUGGAUGGAUUACACGAGGAUUUGAAUCGAAUUAGGAAAAAGCCUUACAUUCAGUUAAAGGAUGCAGAUGGGAGACCAGACAAGGUGGUUGCUGAAGAAGCCUGGGAAAACCAUUUAAAAAGAAAUGAUUCCAUCAUUGUAGAUAUAUUUCAUGGCCUUUUUAAAUCCACCCUAGUUUGUCCUGAAUGUGCUAAGAUUUCUGUAACCUUCGAUCCGUUUUGUUACUUGACACUUCCAUUACCCAUGAAAAAAGAACGCACUUUGGAAGUUUAUUUAGUCAGAACGGAUCCACUUGCAAAGCCUAUGCAGUACAAAGUCGUUGUUCCCAAAAUCGGAAAUAUAUUGGAUCUUUGCACAGCAUUGUCAGCUUUGUCUGGUGUUGCUGCAGAUAAGAUGAUUGUAACUGAUAUAUACAAUCACAGGUUCCACAGGAUAUUUGGCAUGGAUGAAAAUCUAAGUAGUAUUAUGGAACGUGAUGACAUUUAUGUAUUUGAAAUUGCUAUCAAUAGAACAGAAGAUACAGAACAAGUUAUAAUUCCUGUUUGUUUACGGGAAAAGUGCAGGCACAAUAGCUACAGCCAUAGUGGAUGUUCACUGUUUGGUCAACCUUUUCUCAUAGCAGUGCCUAGAAACAAUACUGAAGAGAAACUCUAUAACCUGCUGCUGCUAAGAAUGUGCCGAUAUGUAAAAACAUGUACUGAAAGUGAAGACACUGAAGGAUCCCUACAUUGCUGUAAGGACCACGGUAUCAAUGGUAAUGGCCCGAAUGGAAUACAUGAAGAAGGAUCUCCAAGUGAAAUGGAAACAGAUGAACAAGAUGAUGAAUCCAGCCAGGAUCAGGAACUUCCUUCAGAGAAUGAAAACAGCCAGUCAGAAGACUCGGUUGGAGGUGACAAUGACUCCGAAAAUGGAUUAUGUACUGAGGAUACUUGCAAAGGUCAACCACUCACGGGACACAAAAAGCGAUUGUUUACAUUCCAGUUCAAUAACUUAGGCAAUACUGACAUAAACUACAUCAAAGAUGAUACCAGGCAUAUUAGAUUUGAUGAUAGGCAACCUAGGCUUGACGAAAGAUCUUUCCUUGCUUUGGAUUGGGAGCCUGAACUGAAGAAGAGAUAUUUUAAUGAUAGUGCAGCAGAGGAUUUUGAAAAACAUGAAAGUGUGGAAUAUAAGCCUCCCAAAAAGCCUUUUGUGAAAUUAAAAGAUUGCAUUGAGCUGUUCACAACUAAGGAAAAACUAGGUGCUGAAGACCCAUGGUAUUGUCCAAACUGUAAAGAACAUCAGCAAGCUACCAAGAAGUUAGACUUGUGGUCAUUGCCCCCUGUACUGGUAGUUCAUCUAAAGCGCUUUUCCUACAGCAGAUAUAUGAGGGACAAGUUGGAUACAUUGGUUGACUUUCCAAUAAAUGACUUGGACAUGUCAGAGUUCCUUAUUAAUCCCAAUGCAGGGCCUUGCCGCUACAACUUGAUUGCUGUCUCCAACCACUAUGGAGGAAUGGGAGGAGGGCAUUAUACUGCUUUUGCAAAAAACAAGGAUGAUGGAAAAUGGUACUACUUUGAUGACAGUAGUGUGUCCACUGCAUGUGAGGACCAAAUAGUGUCCAAAGCAGCAUAUGUGCUCUUCUACCAGAGACAGGACACAAUCAGUGGAACUGGUUUUUUCCCUCUUGACCGGGAAACUAAACAAGGUGCUUCAGCUGCCACAGGCAUCCCACUAGAAAGUGAUGAAGACAGCAAUGAAAAUGAUAAUGAUAUAGAAAAUGAAAAUUGUAUGCACACUAACUAAUGGAAGAACUAGAAGCCAUAAAAGAGACUUUCCUACCGGGGAUACCUAUUGAAAGAGUGAAAUUGCCCACCAAAUUAAGAAUAAAAAUCUGAGAUGGGGAAUUUCAGAUAACAGAAUGUAAAUCUUUAUUACAUUUUAACAUGUGCAGUACUUGAAGUGAAACAAUAAAAACUUUAACAGAAA